AUUAAAACCCCUGUCAAAAUAUAACAUUUUCUGUAUUUGAUAUUGUGCGGUUUGAUAAUGUCAAGCGCGUUUCUUUUGGCAGACCCCGUGUACCUUUGACACAAAGUAAACCAAUAUGAGCUUUAUUAACAAAACGUCGUUUAGGAUAUCAGUCUUUCCUUUGUAUUUUAACUUGUUUACGUCGAAUCGCUAGAACCUCUGUCGAACGGAGAAGGCUUCACCACAGUUUUUGUUCUCAUGUCAACACCUGCACGGACUCGACUGGUCGGGGAUCUCCAUUGGUGAAUUCCCCAUCAUUUCCUCAGAUCUCUGAGAUCAGCUGAUGCAGCCAGCCUGUGAGCGGAUGAAUGCCAAAGCCCGCGAUUUUACCUCCGCCAAAAGGACUCCAUGUCUUUCUUGGACUGUUCCUGCAUCUCCCACACUCAGGUCCAGCCCAUGGACAUAGAGGAGUGCUAUGAGGACACCAGCCACCAGUUCCUGAGCUGUGAUGGUUCUGAAUACACUCUGCAAGGGCCAGCAGGUGGCGACGACAUCACAGGACUGUCGGCCGAGCCAUCCCACUACCGGCUGCUGUCUGAGCUGGGGAGGGGUUUCAAUAACCUGAGCCAGGUGAACAUGGCACGGCACAUCCCUACCGGCCAGCUGGUGGCUGUCAAACAAACCAACCUGGACGAGUGCACAGAGGAGGAGCUGCUGCAGCUCAUGAAUGAGGUUCUGCUGUCCAGGCUUUUUCGUCACCCCAAUCUGCUGACCUCUCGCCUGGUCUUUAGCUCCUGCUGCCAGCUGUGGGUCCUCACACCGCUCAUGGGCUAUGGCUCUGCAGACACCUUGCUGAGGACAUAUUUCCCAGAUGGGAUGAGUGAAUCCCUGAUAGCAUACCUGCUGUAUGGUGUGCUGAAAGCAUUGGAAUACCUACAUCGGAUGGGCUAUGUUCACCGUGGGGUGAAGGCCAGUCAUAUCCUGCUGUCAGGGGAGGGGCACGUCUACCUCUCAGGGCUGCACAGUGUUUACAGUAUGAUGCGUGAUGGGAAGAGGAUGAGGGUGGUGUUUGACAUGCCCCAUCACAGCCCUGCUCUGCUGCCGUGGCUCAGCCCUGAACUACUGCGACAGCAGGACCUGCACGGUUAUGGAGUCAAGUCAGAUAUCUACAGUUUGGGCAUUGUGGCCUGUGAGCUGGUUAGCGGCAGAGUACCUUUCCAGGACAUGCCACCUACUCAGAUGUUGCUCCAGAAGCUGCGGGGCUCUCACUGCUGCCUGAUGGAUGUGGUCCCUUUCCCACUGGGUGAGCUGGGAGGUCUGAAAGUGUCACGGUCUGGGGUCGACUCUGGCAUCGGGGAGAGUGUGGCCACUGGAAGCCUGACACACAGUGCCACCGUUCCUCCCACCGACAGACCUCAGAGCCCCGGACCUAAAAACCAUUCAGCUACCCUGCACAACCUGGUCCAGCUGUGUCUGCAGCAGCAGCCUGAACACAGACCAUCAGCAUCUGCACUCUUGACCCAUGCCUUCUUCAAGCAGGUAAAGAGGCACACCAGAGACUCCUUCCUCAGCCUCAUGUACCCAGCAGUGCCCCUCACCAGCCCCGAGGACCCUCCAAUAUCCUGCGCCCCUACCCCGUCCUGCCACGCUCCAUCACCAGCCGCGGACACUCCCGAGGCUGUGUGGGACUUCUCUUAACCCCUUCCUCUCUAGCCUCAACUCGCCAAAUCCUGACUUUAAAGCCAAACACAAGACAAUCAAAGCAAAACAAUAGCAAUGACACCAAAUUCUCCUUGUGCUUUUAUUUUUUUAUUAUUAAUAACCCAGUUCUGAGUCUUUUUAAUUAGUUUUGUAGUUAUUUUUUAAACGUUUAUCUGAUGCAUAAGUGGACUUCGGGUUGUGGGUUGGUGAGGUGACUGUGAAAGUACGGGAUUGAGAAGCUGCUCUGGUUAUAAAACAAUAGAUGGUAAUAAUAGUGUACUGUCAACAAGUCACAUGGCAGCAGACUUACCCGUUCAGGCAACUACGAGUUGGAAGGGAGUCCUCCCAACAAUACUUUGUCUCGGUAUAUUUUGUCAUUUUUAAUCGCGUUCUUUUCAUAUUUCCAUGGUUGAUAGUUACUGUAGAUCCUUCUUUCUGCUCAAAAGGCCUCACUAGUUGAAUAUGAAAUGGAAAAUUGGAUGCACCAUAAAGUUAAAUCCUAAUGGGUACUGACAGAUAACCCCUGAGUGUGAGACACUAUGUGAGGGUGGCUUUUUCCUUGCAGUGUUAUACUGUAUCCUUACUGUGAAUAGUGAAUACCGAGGUACACAGAUUUAAAACACAUGUGCAUAUAUAUUCAUUUAUAUGAGAGGUUUUCAAACAGUCGAAUGGGGAGGCAGAUGUUUGUGCAUAACGUUUUGAAAACUGGCCACAAUCAAAUAUGUAAAUACAUUUUUGUUGUAUUUCUGAACAUAUAUGCACAUACUGUUCAUGUAUAGUCUAACAUAUUGGCACGUUUUCCGAGUGAACAGGAUAUGGUGUAGAGUGGGCUCAGAAAGAGCACAAGCAAUAGAAUACAUCUCAGAAACCAUCAGUAGAAACAACAGAUCAAACCUGUCCCUGCCCUGAUCAUCGGUGAUUUGCCAAAUGAAUAUUUCUACUGUGUUCUGUCUGUAACUGUGAUUAAAUGUACUGUGUAUGGGAACUGUGAUUUACAGUACAUAUCAAACAUGGUAGUAAUUAUGACUUUGUCACAAUUACAAGGAAAAGAGCCUCCAGUUUUUUAUUUGAGUGCAAUUCACUUCUGCAGCUUUCCAACUACAGAGUAACUGUGUUAUUCCAUAUGAGCCCACCUGACACGAUUUCAGCACAUGUCAGUCCCAGGAACCUGAAUAAAUUACACCUCACCCUUCCCUCCCUAUUGUAAUCAGACACACAACCAAAAGAUUUUGACCUGCAUCGAUCUGCAACCAAAGACUUUAUGGAGGAUUAUUUUACCCCACAUUCAAAAGAAAAUGAAAAAGAAACAAACAUUUGGGUGAAAUAAUCCUCUAUAUUAGGCUCUGCAAACAAAAACCCUGUGCACCAAGAGCAAAGGUUGUAGAUGAGCAACCAAAAUGGACAAACGGCAAACAAAAAGUGUUCAAUCUUUUUUUGUUUGAAAUGAAAUUAGUUCAGAUUUCAAUCAGUUUAUAUAUGACAUUCA